UUUUUUUGUAUGAUUGUGUUCUACAGUGAGAUGAUAACUAAUUCCAUUACUAUUUCCUGUUAGCUUUGCUAGUAUUUUUGAAAGAUUGUUAUAAUACAAUGAUAGCUUGGUAACUUAAAAAUUUUCAGUUAUUGCAUCAUUUUUCUCUUAUUAAUUAUUUGCUUUUUGUCUGUUAUUUUAAAACUUUUUAAAUUCCAUUCAUUUUAAUUUGGCUAUGGAAUAAAUUAUUGAUCUUUAGUGGAAUAUUUGUUGAUUUUAUAUUACACUCUUUGGCAAAUAGUUUUAUCAGUUCUUGAUUUAUCUUUUUAUGUUUGAAUUUUUAUAUUCUAUGUACAUGUAUCAAUUAUCAAAUUUGAAAUUAAUUAGCCAUGGGCAUUUUAACUUAGUUUUUGAUUGUCAGUCUUGAUUAAUCAUGAUUAUUGCUGGUAUAUCAGAUAUCCAUCAAAUAAGUUUAUAAUGUUAACACAAGAGGCUAUUGUGAAUAUAUGCUUUAAUAAACUGAAAAGCCAUUCAGUCUUUGUUAUCACUUUACAUAUCUUGCCUUCUUAUAACUAAUGUGAAUACAUAAAUGAUGCAAAGUAAAACUAAAAAUAGAUAUACCUUUUCCUUUUCAAUGUCUUUCUUGUAGUUCAGAAGCCCCCAAACCAGCUAUUCACAUUGCAGACCGCCAGGCACAUGGUGAAGCCAGAACUUUAGCAUUUGCUGCAGAGCAUAAUAUUCCUCUUUCAAAGGUGCCAGAUAUUAUUGAGUAUGCAAAGGAAAUGUCUAGAGAUCCAAAGGCUUUGGACAAGAUUAAUAUGGGGCGCACUUCAGCCAGUUAUAAAUUGACCCAUGGACUUGGUUAUGUUGCUAAAAAACGUCUAGUCCUUGACAUGCAACUGUACCCAUUUUCUUUGAAUGUCGAUGAAUGCUUCAGCAACAACAACCAAAAAGUGUUCAGCAUUAUGGUAGCUUAUUUCUCUCCUGAGAAAGGGGAGACUGUUGUUCAUCAUUACAAUUCAAUCAGUUUGACAACCGUCAAUGCCAAGAUCCUGAAAGAAACACUCAUGUCAUUGCUCAAGUCUGACAACAUACCUCUACACAAUCUUGUAUCAAUACUUUGUGAUUCAACUAACUACAUGCGUGGGAAGAAGGGUGGCUUUGAAACUCUUGUUCGUAAUGAAGCAAGCCACUUACUUGACAUUGAUGGUGAUACAUGCCAUCAUAUUCACAAUGCCAGUAAAUUAUUUUGCAAAUAUUUUGAUGGUAUCAUUGAAGGUCUCACCGAUGACUGGCAUACAGACGCCAAAUUUUCGACAGACUUGAGGGAGUACCUGAGGGAAAUAUGUGAAAUUCUGGAGGUUCCAUUUCACAUGCCAAGGAAAAGGGUUCCUCACAGGUGGCUUUCAGUGCAUGAUGUUCUGGAUGAGAUGAUAGACCCACUCACUGUCUUGUAUUGGGCAUGGCUUCCAAAAAAUGACAAAUCAAUGUACCAGAACAUUCUGAAUGAUAUACUAGGACUGUCUCAGAAGAAUUUGAAGAGAAUUGCAGCAAUUGUCCAGGCCUGCAGAGACAAGAACCUUACUGAACAAGGGAAAGCAAGGAAGCAGCGUGUGGUUAAGAAACUGUUUCACACAAGAGAUAUCACUCUGUUGUACAUCCACACUUAUCUCUCAGUUCUUCCCCUCCUGAAGUCAUUUAUCUUGACAUUUGAGCAGAAAGCACCAAUGGCACAUCGCAUCCAUGAUGAGCAGCUGUCCUUACUGACAUCCUUCCUUAGCACAUUCAUCAAGCAGGAAAAGAUGAAAGACAUUACUGCAAAAGAUCUAGCAAAUGUAGAUCUUGAUAAGAAAGAGAACCAUCAGGAACUGCUAGAAAUCUUCUUGGGGUUGAAGGCAAGGAAGAUUCUCCAAAAGAAGCGCAGUGUUCCAAAUCCUCUUAUGGACCAAUUUCUCCCAACUUUGAAGGCCUAUGUUGAUACUGCCAAGUACUUGCUAAAGAAGCUCCCAAUUACCAACCCAUUACUCAGGAGACUUGGAGCUAUAGACCCUGUAGCCCUUACAACACAGUGCCACUGCAUCUCUUCUAAAGAGACUGCCUGA